UGCGUUUCCUUGUAGAACCUGAACAAACAAGAACAAAGUUUACAAGAGUUUUUACCUGGCAUACACUGCUAGGGAUUGAGGCACGCAAGUUGUACACUGAACUUGGGUGUAGUUGUCAGCAACUCGGUUCCAGCUUCUACACUCAAUCACGGGCUUUCCCUUUGUCCAUUGUUGCCCUAGGAUUUCAGCCAAUAGGAGGGCGCCAUGGCGCGGCAUCUCAAGAACACCAGAACCGAAGCUCAAGAAACCCUUGGUCAACGUCAAACUAGUCACAACUUGUUGAACCCCAAAUCCUUGCUGAUUGUUGAUUGUAACAAGAUAAAAAUACCACCACAACCAACCACUAUUGGUCAGUGAGACAUGGAUAACCCGGAGACGUCUCCGCCUUCGAGCAUAGUCGCCCAAAGGAGACGACGGUCUCACGCUCCCAUGACAUGGGCGAAGAUACAAUCAAGCCUCCAAUACUACUACAUAGACCUGGACAUGACGCUUGGAGACGCCAUGCAGAAGAUCGGCACAGAACACAACUUCUACGCCACUGAGCAAAUGUACAAGAAGCGGCUCAAAGCAUGGGGGCUCUCGAAACAGGUCAAAUCCGACGAGAAGGAAAAGGCUCUGGCGAGGAUCCUCCAAAAUGAAACCUUCACAAGUGAUCAUGUCCCCGUCCGGCACGACAAGCUCGUUCGAUAUGCAAAGUCUCGUGUCAAGUCUGGAGCGCUGGAUAGCCAUCAUCUGCGGAGCUUGACGAGGCGGCACAUUGUAGUAAGCGGUUAUCGCCAUGCUGCGACCGAGAUGUCGUCCAUGCCACGCUCUCUAGCACUCCCAGGCCAGUUCGCCGGCUUCGACGUGUUCCUCCGCGCCAUGCAAGCACUGAUAGAACGAGAGCGCCGCGAAUGGUUGACAGGGUGGCAAACUUCCCCAGAUGCGAUAUUCAGCGCACUCUCAAAAGGCAUGUCGCUCUGGCGCAACAACGCGUUCGCAGCCGCACGCAUCUCGUUCGGACAAGCGGCUCAAAGGACGGUAGAAGAUCUCCAAGGCACUGAGGUGUCGGUAUCGCGGAUAACGUAUUGUAUCAGCUCCAUCCUAUGGGGUGCGGAGCGCGAGCUGGUGUUUCGCAAAUUCGCAGAGUUCAUGGCUAAUGCUGCGCUCGAGGUCCUGGGACCGAGAUGUCCGAUGACCGUGGUGUUGCGCCAUCUGCAGAGGGAGCAGAGUGUGGAUGCGCAGGUGAGGAUCUGGGCGUGUGCGCUGGAUGGGUAUCAGAUCUCCGAACAGAAUGUACAGCAUUGGUGGAAUAUGGCGCAGCGUCGUUGGCGGUGGUGUUGGCGUAGUGGGAAGUUGGAUCUCGCGGCACAGUAUUGUAGGCUUGCUAUGAGUGAGGCGCGGCGGAUCGAUAGGCUGACUGUCGAGAUGGAGUCGGAGGCUCAGCACGAUCUUGAGUCCAUUGUGCUGGAAGCAUCCACAUAGACACAUGGACGAGAUUGAUUGGUAUAACCCAACUUUUGGGAGUAGUCUCUUGGCAUAGGGAGGAUUUUUGUAGCAGUACUUGAUCGAGAGCAUCUGCGAAGUACUGUUCAUUGUUUACACCGGUAGCAAAGCCAGGUUUGGCGUUUGGGGGCGGUUCGUUAGGCUCGGCUCGAGUCUUCGAGGAAGUGAGAUGCCCGGCUAGCUUCAACUCGUGCUCAGCUGCGGUAUGAAAGGAU